AAUCUCGACUGGCUCUCCUUUCUGGCGCACGUUCUAUCGUGCUCCCGCUGUUACUCGACGGUUUCCACGCGAAUCGCGAUACAGUGAUAAAAAUUGCUAUAGCAGUGCUUCAAACAAGCACCUUCUUGGUGAAAAGCUUCCUGGUGAACCAGCUACUGCAACUCAAAAAUCUUCUGUUCCACUUGAAGAACCAUCAGGUUUCUCUGGCUCCCUGGAUCCUAUCGUAUCAGCAAAUUUCAAGAAUUAUUUCCACUACCCCAGUGAUACUCUGGUGUACCAACGUACCUUCCUCUUAAAGAUGUAACAUCAAGUAUCGAAGGUGUACAUAGCUUGUGAUCAGUGUUUGACGGUCUUAAGUGUCAGUGUAUUUGAAGAAUCUUAAGGAAAUUUCAGUCAAAUUAAUUAGAACGUUUUGAAAGAAUCAGUGUUAAACAGUGGAGGGCUUGCCCGCCUAUUGGGAGGACCCAGCCGUGCAGCAUAGUGUAAAUGCAGCUGCAGCGGCCAGCAUUUUUAUGAAUUACGACCUGGAUAAGUCAAGGAUGGUCUCGCACGUCAUUCCCGUCGCUGGGGAACUGCAGCAAGGUAAUGGAAAUUUGGGAGUCGCAGGGUUGGGAGGGAUGCAGGAGUCGUCCCACUCAUUGAAGAUCAAGCAGGAGCCGUUUCAGGUGUCUCCACCGUCACCUCUUCCGCCUCUGCACCAAGUGAGCAGCUUCGUAUCAGAGAUGCAGAAUGGCUGUAUCGGCGUGUCGAAGGAGCUGGACUCCACAGUGAGCCUCGCGAGAGGGCUGACAUCGCACCACGCCUCCCUGACUCAUCAUCACUCUCAUCAUAGUCUUCACAGCCCGAAUUCUGCGGUGUCUAUGCACUCCACAGGUUCCACUCAUCAUCACCUCGAUGAAAAAGGAUCAUCCCCGACCGGAGCUCUUCACAGCACCACGAACAGCAAUCCUUCGACACCGUCGACACCCUCGACGCCUACCACAGCGGCAGAUGGGUCUUCCACAGCGACUGGAACAGGAAAUACAAGUGGUAGCAACAGCGAUUCCGCUAGCAAGAAACCUCCGUACAGUUACGUCGCUCUAAUUGCUAUGGCGAUUCAACAUAGUGCUCAGAAGAGGGCGACCUUGAGUGAGAUUUAUGCUUACAUCACUGCCAGGUUCCCAUAUUUUCAGAAGAAUAAGAAAGGUUGGCAGAAUUCUAUCAGGCAUAAUCUGUCCUUGAACGAGUGCUUCGUGAAGGUUCCUCGUGAUGGAGGUGGCGAGAGAAAAGGAAAUUUCUGGACUCUCGAUCCCCAAUACGCGGAUAUGUUUGAAAAUGGUAACUACAGAAGACGUAGACGCAUGAAGCGACCAUACAGAAAUGCACCGUAUCAUAAACCGCUAUUUGGCGAUCCUUUCUCUCCAACACACGUUCAUUUAGGUCCUAGGAACCUGUUUGGUCACUCUCCGCCAUCUUAUGCUCCGUCUACAUAUCCCAGAUACGACACAAGUGCUUGGAGUCUUCAGCAAUCUCAGCUGUCCUACAGUCACUGUCAAUCACUUCAGCCACAGUUGCAGCCAAUGCAGUCUAUGCAGAUCCCAACCAUGAAUGGCUACAGUCAAUUAGGCACCUCGUUAAGCAAUUAUUUGGAUGUUCCAGGUGGAACCACGAGUUCCCCAGGUUCUAUGGGUAGUGGUUCCUUUGGUAGCAGCUUCGCUAGGAGGCAUGACGCCGCCAUGACCCAGGAAACCGUACCUGCCAGGUGCUAUUGGCCAGAAAUGGUGAACGUGAAGGAGGAGCCAGGCACUGUGGCAGUAUCUAGCACUAGCGUGGGUGGUGUGGGUGUUCCUUCAGGAAUGAUGGGAUCUACAACUCCAACAGGAGUUUCUACGACCGGAUUCGCGCCCAUGGAGUUUCAGUCUCGGUCCAAGUGCUUCAUGUGAAUCGAUCCACCGUUUACACCAUUGUCACAAGCCGAGAAUCUUAUCAGAGUCCCGAAGGAUCAUCCUGUGCGUCGUUUCAGCGACGUUAAUUAGGCUGAGCUUCGUCCGGAUGAGGUGGUAAGCAAGAAGAGUGGAACGUUGGAGUGAUACCUUUUACUGGAAAUUUCUGUGGCUCCCGUGGUGACGUUGAAGAGAAGCUGAAGCUGGUCUAUAGUGAUAAUUCUGUCUCAGACAAGCGUGAAAGGUUUGUUCCACUUAAAGCGAUAAACAUUGCACCCCUGUCCUCGUGUGUUUUCGACUGCUGCACAGUAUUCGAUAUUUAAGCGAGAUGAGGGACCGGUCCGUGCCUCGUGAAUUGGUUUCCACAAAAGAAAAAACGAAUUUGCGAGAAGCACAGAUCUAGAAUUAACGAUUAACGCGUAGCUUAAGGCGCAUUCGCGAUACAGGAAGGCACUCGAAGAUGUUUUCAUUUAUAUAUAUGAAUAACUAGGUCCAUGUAGAAGCAAGAGAUAAAUGUGUAUCUAAACAUGUAAGUCGCAUAACGCAAUAGUAAAAAAGAAGAAAAAAAAAAAACAGUUUCUCUGCAAGACUAUUCGUCAGUGUACAUAUCUAAGCCUAAGUAGUUUGAUUAAUUAACUGUGACCUAUUCCAAGAACCCUGGACACACGUGGCAGCUCCUGUAAUUAGAUGGAAAGUCGAAAAUAAAUCUCUAUUAUUUAUCGUCUA